AUGUCGAUCCUCUUUGACGCUAUUCUGGUGCUGACUUCACUUCCCGUGCUACUCGUCCUCUUUGUUCUCUUCCGAGUCGCCAGGCAGUACGUCAGGCAGGCUUCCCUCCACAAUAUCCCUGGACCUCCGCCAGAUUCGCUUUUCACUGGUAACUUAAAGACAUUGUUCGGCUUAGAUUCCUGGGGUUUUCACGCUCGUAUUGCGAAGUCGUAUGGAGGUGUAAUCCGGAUCUGGGGUUUCCUUGGAGAUACACUAUUGUAUAUCAGGGACCCCAAGGCACUAUAUCAUAUUCUCAUCAAGGAGCAAUAUGUAUUCGAAGAAACAGAUAUGUUCAUCAAAACGAGCGCGGCAACAUUUGGAAUGGGACUGCUGAGUACUCUUGGGGAGCAUCAUCGUCGCCAGAGAAAACUUCUCAACCCUGUCUUCUCCAUCAAACACAUGCGCUACAUGAUCCCUAUCUUCUAUAGAAUAUCCCAUCAGUUAACCGACGUGUUGAAGAAGAAGAUAGUUCAAGCUGAUGGUACGGCGGAGAUCGAUGCCUUAGAUUGGAAUACUCGCGUUGCGCUCGAGCUCGUCGCUCAGGGAGGCUUGGGCCACUCGUUCAACAGUCUCGACGAACAUUCCGAGAGCCCCUAUACCACUGCUUUGAAAAGUUUCGUACCUUCCCUCACGAGGCUGAACCUUUGGCGACAGUUGUACCCGUGGGUGGCUAAUCUCGGUACCCCGGCUCUACGACGGUGGGUCGGUCAAAAUCUUCCUAUGCCGGACCUCAACCGGUUGGUGUAUUUGACGGAUGUCAUAUACGAGACGUCGAAGAUGAUAUUCAACGCGAAGAAGGCAGCAUUGGAGAAGGGUGAUGACGCUGUUGUGCUACAGAUUGGAGAGGGGCGAGACAUUAUGAGUGUUCUGAUGAAAGCAAAUAUGGAGGCCGACGAGAAGGACCGUCUACCCGAGAUCGAACUCCUAGGCCAGAUGUCAACACUUACCUUCGCGGCUAUGGAUACGACCUCCUCAGCUCUGUCCCGGAUACUACACCUUCUGUCCAUGAACCCAGAGGUUCAAGAUCGCCUGCGUGAAGAGUUGAUUAAUGCCCGGAAAGAAAUUGAAGGUGACUUUGAUUACGAUACGCUCAUGGGACUGCCAUACCUCGAGGCAGUCUGUCGCGAGACUCUUCGCAUGUAUCCUCCCGUCACUCAGAUUUUGCGCACGACCCGCAAGGAUACCAUACUUCCAUUGGGAACGCCAUUAUCUGUCAAAGGAAACACAGUUUCGGAGCUCUUCAUACCUUCCAAUACGACCAUCAGCAUAGGCAUCAAAACCGUGAACACUUCUCCAGAGCUGUGGGGCCCUGAUGCGGGCAAAUGGAACCCUGAGAGGUGGCUUUCGCCUUUGCCCGAGAGCGUCACGAAUGCUGGUAUCCCUGGGGUGUACGCAAAUACCUUGACUUUCCUUGGUGGCGGACGUGCAUGCAUCGGCUUCAAGUUCUCUGAAUUGGAGAUGAAGGUGGUCCUCUCCCUUCUAGUGACGAACUUCCGGUACUCGCCAUCCAAGAAGACCGUCGAGUGGAAGUCUACCAACAUUGCCACACCGAUGGUGGACGGAAAACCCUCACUGCCGCUCCUCAUGUCGCGGAUAUAG